AUGCAAACAAGACCGAUUCAAGUCUUCCUCCUUGUUUUCACACUGAUCUUGGCUAUAUUUCUGUUGAUUGCCGCAUCCAAAUACGCAGCUUGGAGCCAUGUUAUGGUCCCGGCAAGUGGGAGUUGGCUGCCUCUCAUAUUCUACGUCGCCACCAUUCCGCUGGUUUCUCUUCUCUAUGCUGCUGUCCAUCUCGCCGCAUUGCAAUUCAAUGCGCUACCUGCCCCUCCGCUUUCUGGCCGAAGAAGCGUCGACCCGUCGUACGAUGCCAACUACACCGCCAGCACCACAACCUUCAUCCUGGCCAUCUCGAUUCUCCACUUCCUUGCGUGGCUUGCCCAAGCCUGCCUCUGUACUGGUUGCGAGCUUGCACCGAUUCUCGCCGGCACUCAGGGCCGAGUCCCGCGCUGGUGCCCACAGUCCCGCUUCAGGGACUCUGGAAAUCCCAACUUGGCCGACAUGCUCGGCACUCUGGCCACCGUCAAGGACUUCAUGCAGUGGGUCAUGGUCCUCUUCACAAUCGCGCUGAUCGAAUGCGCAAGGCGGGAAAGCCGCAGUGCCGAGCACGCGCGGAGAGAGCUGUUCCGACGGGCAGGGACCGGAGUUGACUUUGGAGGGCCAAGGGGAGAUGCCAAGGGCUCGAACCAAGUGCCGCUCACCGUCAUCGGCAGCAAUAUCAGCGGACCAAGGAUCCUUACGCCCGCUGAGAUCGCUGCUCAGCAGCGGCAACAGCAAGAAGAGGAGGACCGAAAGAAGAAGCAAGCGGAGGAACGACGGAAGCAAGCACAGCUGCCAGCCGGGCCUGGUGUACCGGACAACAAGCCCGACAACUACUAUGGAAACGGUAUGGGCAACGGGCUGAAGAGGACAAAAACGCUAAACUAUAUGUACGAUACACGAAUAUAG